CCGCUGUCGGUUCCCCCAGUCACCGAGCGAGAGGGAAGAAACAAGAUGGCGGCUGAAGGCGAUCCGGAGUGGGGCCCUAGCAAUUCGGAUUGAGCCUUCUCCCUCCACCCGCUUCCGCCGGCCGGGCCCCUCCCGCCCGGCCCCGCGGGCCUCCCCACCCGGCCUCGGCGCUCCCCACCGCCAGCCCUCCGCCCACCCCUCCCCCUUCGCUUUCCCUUCUCCCCCCCGCCUCGGCUCCGACAUGAGGGGCCGGCGGGGCAGGCCGCCCAAGCAGCCCGCAGCUCCGGCUGCGGAGCGCUGCGCCCCGGCCCCGCCGCCGCCGCCGCCGCCGCCCACGUCUGGACCCAUCGGGGGGCUCCGCUCGCGGCACCGCGGCAGCAGCCGAGGCAGGUGGGCCGCCGCCCAGGCUGAGGUGGCGCCCAAGACGCGGCUGAGCUCGCCCAGGGGGGGCGGCAGCAGCAGCAGCCGAAGGAAGCCGCCGCCGCCGGCCCCCCCCAGCACCAGCGCCCCGGGCCGGGGGGGGCGAGGAGGCGGGGGCGGCAGGGCGGGGGGCGGGGGCGGCGGCGGCGGCCACCUGGCCCGGACCACCCCGGCCCGGAGGGCCGUCAACAAAGUGGUGUACGAUGACCACGAGAGCGAGGAGGAGGAGGAGGAGGAGGACAUGGUCUCCGAGGAGGAGGAGGACGCUGAAGCGGAGGAGACCCAGGAUUCCGAGGAGGACGAGGAAGAUGAGAUGGAAGAGGACGAUGAUGACUCCGAUUAUCCGGAGGAGAUGGAAGACGACGCCGACGACGCCAGUUACUGCACGGAAAGCAGCUUCAGGAGCCAUAGCACCUAUAGCAGCACUCCAGGUAGGCGAAAACCAAGAGUACAUCGACCUCGUUCUCCAAUAUUGGAAGAAAAAGAUAUCCCACCCCUUGAAUUUCCCAAGUCCUCUGAGGAUUUAAUGGUGCCUAAUGAGCAUAUAAUGAAUGUUAUUGCCAUUUAUGAGGUACUGCGGAACUUUGGCACUGUUUUAAGGUUAUCUCCUUUUCGCUUUGAGGACUUCUGUGCAGCUUUGGUGAGUCAAGAGCAGUGUACACUUAUGGCGGAGAUGCACGUUGUGCUUUUGAAAGCAGUUUUGCGUGAAGAAGACACUUCCAAUACUACCUUUGGACCUGCUGAUCUGAAAGAUAGCGUUAACUCCACGCUGUAUUUCAUAGAUGGAAUGACGUGGCCGGAGGUGCUGCGGGUGUACUGUGAGAGUGAUAAGGAGUACCAUCAUGUGCUUCCUUACCAAGAAGCAGAGGACUAUCCUUAUGGACCAGUAGAGAACAAAAUCAAAGUUCUGCAGUUCUUAGUGGAUCAGUUUCUUACCACAAAUAUUGCUCGUGAGGAACUGAUGUCUGAAGGGGUGAUCCAAUAUGAUGACCAUUGUAGGGUUUGUCACAAACUUGGGGAUUUGCUUUGCUGUGAGACAUGUUCAGCGGUGUACCAUUUGGAAUGUGUGAAACCACCUUUGGAGGAGGUGCCAGAGGAUGAAUGGCAGUGUGAAGUCUGCGUAGCACAUAAGGUGCCUGGUGUGACUGACUGUGUUGCUGAAAUCCAAAAAAACAAACCGUAUAUUCGACAUGAACCUAUUGGAUAUGACAGAAGUCGGAGAAAAUACUGGUUCCUAAACCGGAGGCUCAUAAUAGAAGAAGAUACAGAAAAUGAAAAUGAAAAGAAAAUUUGGUACUACAGUACUAAGGUCCAACUUGCAGAAUUAAUUGACUGUCUAGACAAAGAUUACUGGGAAGCAGAACUCUGCAAAACUCUGGAAGAAAUGCGUGAAGAGAUCCACCGGCACAUGGACAUAACUGAGGACUUGACCAAUAAGGCUCGGGGCAGUAACAAAUCCUUUCUGGCAGCAGCUAAUGAAGAAAUUUUGGAAUCCAUAAGAGCAAAAAAGGGAGAGAUUGACAUUGUUAAAAGCCCAGAAGAAAUAGAAAAGGACAACAAUGAGACUGAAAAUAAUUCCAAAGAUGCUGAGAAAAACAGAGAGGAGUUUGAAGACCAGUCCCUUGAAAAAGAUAAUGAUGACAAAGCACCAGAUGAUGAUCCUGAGCAAGGAAAAUCUGAGGAGCCAACAGAAGUUGGGGAUAAAGGUAACUCUGAGUCAGCAAAUCUUGGCGACAACACAACAAAUGCUUCUUCAGAAGAGACUAGUCCCUCUGCAGGGAGGAGUCCUGUGGGGUGUCUCUCAGAAACCCAUGAUAGCAGCAACAUGGCAGAGAAGGUGGCGGCAUCUGAGCUCCCCCAGGAUGUGCCAGAAGAACCUAACAAGACAUGUGACAGCAGUAACACUAGUGCUACCACUACCUCCAUUCAGCCUAAUCUGGAAAACAGUAACAGCAGCAGUGAACUAAACUCUUCCCAGAGUGAAUCUGCUAAGGCAGCUGAUGAUCCUGAAAAUGGAGAAAGAGAGUCUCUUACACCUGUCUCUAUUCAAGAAGAGAUAGGUGAUUUCAAAUCAGAAAAGUCUAAUGGGGAAAUAAGUGAGUCUCCUGGAGGUGGACGAGGAGCAUCUGGUUCAACUCGAAUUAUCACCAGGUUACGGAAUCCAGACAGCAAACUUAGUCAGUUGAAGAGCCAACAGGUGGCAGCUGCAGCCCAUGAAGCAAAUAAAUUAUUUAAGGAGGGUAAAGAGGUACUGGUAGUUAACUCUCAAGGAGAAAUUUCACGGUUGAGCACCAAAAAGGAAGUAGUCAUGAAAGGAAAUAUCAAUAAUUAUUUUAAGUUGGGUCAAGAAGGGAAGUAUCGUGUCUACCACAAUCAAUACUCCACCAACUCAUUUGCUUUGAAUAAGCACCAGCACAGAGAAGAUCAUGAUAAGAGAAGGCAUCUUGCACAUAAAUUCUGUCUGACUCCAGCAGGAGAGUUCAAAUGGAAUGGUUCUGUCCACGGGUCCAAAGUUCUUACAAUAUCUACUCUGAGACUGACUAUUACUCAACUAGAAAAUAAUAUCCCUUCAUCUUUUCUUCAUCCCAAUUGGGCUUCACACAGGGCUAAUUGGAUCAAGGCAGUUCAGAUGUGUAGCAAACCCAGAGAAUUUGCACUGGCUUUAGCUAUUUUGGAGUGCGCAGUUAAACCAGUUGUGAUGCUACCGAUAUGGCGGGAGUCUUUAGGACAUACCAGGCUACACAGGAUGACAGCAAUUGAAAGAGAAGAAAAAGAGAAAGUCAAAAAAAAGGAAAAGAAACAAGAAGAAGAAGAAACAAUGCAGCAAGCCACUUGGGUAAAAUAUACAUUUCCAGUUAAACAUCAGGUGUGGAAACAAAAAGGCGAGGAAUACAGAGUAACAGGAUAUGGUGGUUGGAGCUGGAUUAGUAAAACUCAUGUUUAUAGGUUUGUUCCUAAAUUGCCAGGGAAUACUAAUGUGCAUUACAGAAAGUCAUUAGAAGAAACCAAAACUAGUAUGAACGAAAAUAUGGAUGAAUCAGAUAGAAGAAAAAGCCCACGAAGUCCAAAAAAAAUAAAAACAGAGCCUGAUUCUGAGAAAGACGAGGUAAAAGAUUCAGAUGCAGCAAAAGGAGCAGACCACGGUGAAAUGGAAAUUUCAAAGAUUCCUGAGAAGAAGGACCAAGAUGUGAAAGAAGUUUUAGAUUCUGACAAUGAUAAAUCCUUUAAGGAAGAACCAAUGGAAAUAGAUGAUGAUAUGAAAACAGAAUCACACAUAAAUUGUCAGGAAAGUUCUCAAAUAGAUGUGGUCAAUGUCAGUGAGGGUUUUCAUCUAAGGACUAGUUAUAAAAAGAAAAUUAAAUCAUCCAAACUAGAUGGACUUCUUGAAAGGAGAAUUAAACAGUUUACACUGGAAGAAAAACAGCAACUUGAAAAAAUGAAGUUGGAGGGUGGAAUUAAGGGCACAGGAAAGACCUCUGCAAGUUCCUUGAAAAGUCCGUCUGAGUCACCAGGAUUAACAAAAGCAAAAGAAGGGUGUUAUAGUGACUUGCUUAGGCAAGAACGAAGCCCUAAUGCAAGUAAUGAUAAAUCUGAAGACUUUUUUCGGGGAUAUUCACAAAGUGAUUCCUCAGUUCUGGGAAUCAGUGAUCCUGAUCAUACAACAAGCAAACUUUAUCCAAAAGAUCCAAUGUUAGAUGACGUCUCCAUUCAGAGCCUAGAGACAAACUGUCAGAAACAAUAUUCUGUUGGAAAUGACAUAGAUGAGAGUCUCUCUGAACCAACUAGUAAAGGCUUGGAACCCAGUAAGAUUAAAACAAAGGGAAGUGAUUUUCUUAUUGAUGACUCUAAACUAGGCUGUGCAGAUGAAAUUGGUACUUUGAUGUCUAAGAACAAAAAACCACUCACACAGGAGAAUAAUGACACUAUUGUUUCUCCUUCCCAAAGCCCUUUACUUCCAUCAGUAUCUAGAAGUACCGAUGAUAGAGAUAUCCCAUCUCUGUCCAAAGCAAUGGACUUUCAAGGGAAAACGGGAUGUGACUUUGAAUAUAAUAGCACUUUGGAAAAUAGUUCUGAUACUUUGUCUAUUCAAGACAGCAGUGAAGAAGAUAUGAUUGUUCAGAAUAGCAAUGACAGUAUUUCUGAGCAGUUCAUAACUCAAGAACAAGGUAUUGAAGGCUUGGAACCAUUGAAAUGUGAGUCUGUUUCAGAUAAGUCCACUGGAAUCUGUGAUGACAGGCUGCAGGGUAAGGUAACUGAAGCAAAUGGUAAAAAACUGAAUCAAGAACAGAAAUUAGAGGAGCAACCAGUUAAUAAAUGUAUUGAUCAAAUAAAUCUAAACAGUAGCACUGACAAAAAGAAUAAUGAAAAUCGAGAGUCUCAAAAGAAAGGACAGAAAGCAAGUACCUUUCAAAUAAAUGGAAAAGAUAAUAAACCUAAAGUAUAUUUGAAAGGUGAAUGCUUGAAAGAAAUUUCUGACAGUAAAGUAGUAAGUGGUGAUGUUGAACCAAAGGUUAAUAAUAUAAAUAAAAUAAUUCCUGAAAGUGAUAUUAAGUCUUUGACUGUUAAAGAAUCUGCUGUAAAGCCAUUCAUGAAUGGUGAUGUUAUCAUGGAAGAUUUUAAUGAAAAAAAUAACUUGGAAGCCAAAUCAUGCUUACCGAGAUCUUCAGAUGCUGAAGGUGACUACCAAGACGGCCUAGAGACCCUCCCAUUAACCAAAGAGUCUGAGAGAACACAAACUAUUACACCUCCCCCAUCUUGUCCAGAAAGUAGUUCAGUGACUCAGGUAGAAGAUAUGGAAAUUGAAAGCUCAGAAGUUAAGAAAGUUUCUCCAUCACCUAUUACUUCUGAAGAGGAAUCUAACCUCAGUAAUGAUUUCAUUGAUGAAAAUGGCCUGCCCACCAACAAAGAUGAAAAUGUCAAUGGAGAAUCUAAAAGAAAAACAGUCAUCACAGAAGUUACCACCAUGACAUCCACAGUGGCCACAGAGUCAAAAACUGUAAUCAAAGUAGCAAAAGGUGAUAAGCAGACUGUGGUCUCUUCCACAGAAAAUUGUGCCAAAUCCACAGUUACAACCACCACUACAACAGUAACAAAGCUUUCCACACCCUCCAUAGGCAGCAAUGUGGACAUCAUCUCUGUGAAGGAGCAGAGCAAAACUGUGGUCACCACAACAGUGACAGACUCACUGACCACCGCAGGAGGCACUUUGGUAACAUCUAUGACUGUAAGCAAAGAAUAUUCCACAAAAGAUAAAGUGAAACUCAUGAAAUUUUCAAGACCGAAGAAGACUCGUUCAGGUACAGCUCUACCAUCUUAUAGAAAGUUUGUCACCAAGAGCAGCAAGAAGAGCAUAUUCGUUUUACCUAAUGAUGACUUAAAAAAAUUGGCCAGAAAAGGAGGAAUCCGAGAAGUCCCUUAUUUUAAUUACAAUGCUAAACCUGCCUUGGAUAUAUGGCCAUAUCCUUCUCCUAGACCAACCUUUGGUAUCACUUGGAGGUAUAGACUUCAGACCGUGAAGUCCUUAGCUGGAGUAAGUCUUAUGUUACGGUUGCUGUGGGCGAGUCUGCGAUGGGAUGACAUGGCAGCCAAGGCUCCUCCAGGAGGAGGGACUACCCGGACAGAAACAUCUGAAACUGAAAUCACAACAACAGAAAUAAUUAAGAGGCGAGAUGUUGGUCCGUAUGGCAUUCGAUCGGAAUACUGUAUCAGGAAAAUCAUUUGCCCCAUUGGAGUUCCAGAAGCACCAAAAGAAACACCAACACCUCAGAGGAAAGGCCUUCGAUCAAGUGCAUUGCGGCCAAAGAGACCAGAAACACCCAAGCAAACUGGCCCUGUUAUUAUUGAAACCUGGGUAGCGGAGGAAGAGUUGGAACUAUGGGAGAUCAGGGCGUUUGCUGAGAGAGUGGAGAAAGAAAAGGCACAAGCAGUUGAGCAACAGGCUAAGGUUAGUGAACAGAAGAAGGCAGAGGACUUCAAGGCCCAAAUGGAGGCUCACCUCAAACAGCAGCGGUUGGCUGCCCAGCAGAAACGGUUGGAACAGCAGAAGCCUACAGUAAUUUCAGCUUCCGCAACUUCUCCAACAAACAGUACAACUAGUACCAUCUCUCCAGCACAGAAAGUUAUGGUGGCCCCCAUAAGUGGUUCAGUUACACCUGGAACUAAAAUGGUACUAACUACUAAAGUUGGAUCUCCAGCAACAGUAACAUUCCAGCAGAACAAGAACUUCCAUCAGACCUUUGCUACAUGGGUUAAACAAGGCCAAUCAAAUUCAGCCACCAGCACAGCUGCCACAUCUGCUACAACCAUUGCCAGCACAGGUCAGACGUUCCAAAUUACAGGCAAUCCAGUCACUAUGGCAGGAAAAGUAAUUACCAAACUGCCACUUCCUGCAAACAGCAAGAUUGUCGCUGUAAAUGUGCCAGCAACACAAGGAGGUGUUGUUCAAGUACAACAGAAAGUCCUGGGUAUCAUUCCAUCAAGUACAGGUACAAGUCAGCAAACCUUUACUUCAUUCCAGCCCAGGACAGCAACGGUCACAAUUAGGCCAAAUACCUCGGGCUCUGGAGGAACCGCAAGCACGUCACAAGUAAUCACAGGGCCUCAGAUCCGCCCUGGUAUGACGGUGAUUAGAACACCACUCCAACAGUCAACAUUAGGAAAGGCAAUUAUUCGAACACCUGUGAUGGUACAGCCAGGUACUCCUCAGCAAGUGGUGACUCAGAUCAUCAGAGGUCAGCCCGUUUCCACUGCAAUCUCUGCCCCUAAUACAGUUUCCUCUACACCUGGGCAGAAAGGACUACCUUCAGGAACAUCCACUGCAAAUCUGCAGUCUUCGACAUCGCAGUCCCCUCGCCCCCAACAAGGACAGGUGAAGCUUACCAUGGCUCAGCUCACUCAGUUAACACAGGGCCACGGUGGGAAUCAAGGUUUGACAGUAGUAAUUCAAGGACAAGGUCAAACUACUGGACAGUUGCAGUUGAUACCUCAAGGAGUGACUAUACUUCCAGGUCCAGGACAGCAGCUGAUGCAAGCUGCGAUGCCAAAUGGUACUGUUCAGCGAUUCCUCUUUACCCCAUUGGCAACAACAGCCACAACAGCCAGCACCACCACCACCACCACUGUAUCCACCGCAGCAGCAGGUACAAGUGAACAAAGACAGAGUAAAUUAUCACCCCCGACACAGGUGCAACCAGCCAAAACCCUGCCACCAGUGCAGUCAUCAAGUGUGAAUCCUCCGGAAUCCCAGCCACAGGCUGCUCAGCCUUCAGCUCAGCCCCAGCCCCAAGCGCAGCCCCAGUCCCCAGCUCAACCUGAAGUUCAGCCUCAGCCUGAAGUUCAAACCCAAACAACUGUUGCAUCCCAUGUUCCUUCUGAAGCACAACCCACCCAAGCACAGUCAUCCAAACCCCAAGUUGCAGUACAAUGUCAGCCUCAAAGUAAUGUCCAAGGACAGCCUCCUGCUUGUGUCCAAAGUCCACCGCAGGCUCGAAUACGUCCAUCAACUCCAUCCCAGGUGUCUCCUGGUCAGCAAUCCCAGGUUCAGACUACAACCUCACAACCGAUUCCAAUUCAGCCACAUACAUCUCUUCAGAUACCUUCCCAGGGCCAGCCACAGUCACAACCCCAGGUACAGUCUUCACCUCAAACUCUUUCAUCGGGACAGACGUUAAGUCAAGUUACUGUUUCAUCCCCAUCCCGUCCUCAGCUACAAAUACAGCAGCCACAGCCCCAAGUCAUUGCUGUGCCUCAGCUGCAACAACAAGUCCAGGUUCUCUCUCAGAUCCAGUCGCAGGUUGUGGCUCAGAUACAGGCUCAGCAAGGUGGUGUGCCCCAGCAAAUCAAACUUCAGUUACCUAUUCAAAUUCAGCAAAGCAGUCCUGUGCAGACUCACCAGAUUCAGAAUGUGGUUACAGUGCAGGCAGCCAGUGUGCAAGAGCAGUUGCAAAGGGUUCAGCAACUCAGGGAUCAGCAGCAAAAGAAGAAACAGCAACAGAUAGAAAUUAAGCGGGAACACACCCUCCAAGCUUCUAAUCAAAGUGAAAUCAUUCAGAAACAGGUGGUGAUGAAACAUAAUGCUGUAAUAGAACAUUUAAAACAGAAAAAGACCAUGACUCCAGCUGAAAGAGAAGAGAAUCAAAGAAUGAUUGUCUGUAACCAGGUGAUGAAGUAUAUUUUGGAUAAGAUAGAUAAAGAAGAAAAACAAGCAGCAAAAAAACGAAAGCGUGAAGAGAGUGUGGAACAGAAACGUAGCAAACAGAAUGCUACCAAGCUCUCUGCCCUGCUCUUCAAACACAAAGAGCAACUUAAAGCUGAAAUUCUAAAAAAAAGAGCUCUCUUGGACAAAGAUCUACAAAUUGAAGUACAGGAAGAGCUCAAGAGAGACCUGAAAAUUAAGAAAGAAAAAGAAAUAGUGCAGGCCACAGCAGCAGCUGCCACUCCCCCUGCAGCACCUCCUGCACCUCCUGCCCCUCCGCCUUCGCCUCCACCUCCGCCUCCCUCGCAGCACUCAGGCCCCCAGGCCACGGCCACGGCCACGGCCACGCUGCCUGUGUCUUCCCAGAAGAGGAAGCGAGAAGAGGAAAGAGACUCAAGCUCCAAGUCCAAGAAGAAGAAAAUGAUCUCUACUACCUCAAAGGAAACUAAGAAGGACACAAAGCUUUACUGUAUCUGUAAAACGCCUUAUGAUGAAUCUAAGUUCUAUAUUGGCUGUGAUCUUUGUACUAACUGGUAUCAUGGAGAAUGUGUUGGCAUCACAGAAAAGGAGGCUAAGAAAAUGGAUGUGUACAUCUGUAAUGAUUGUAAACGGGCACAAGAGGGCAGCAGUGAGGAAUUGUACUGUAUCUGCAGAACACCUUAUGAUGAGUCACAAUUUUAUAUUGGCUGUGAUCGGUGUCAGAAUUGGUACCAUGGGCGCUGUGUUGGCAUCUUGCAGAGUGAGGCAGAGCUCAUUGACGAGUAUGUCUGUCCGCAGUGCCAGUCAACAGAGGAUGCCAUGACAGUGCUCACGCCACUGACCGAGAAAGAUUACGAGGGUUUGAAGAGAGUGCUGCGUUCUUUACAGGCCCAUAAGAUGGCCUGGCCCUUCCUGGAACCAGUGGAUCCUAAUGAUGCGCCAGAUUAUUAUGGUGUUAUUAAGGAACCGAUGGAUCUUGCCACCAUGGAAGAAAGAAUACAAAGAAGAUAUUAUGAAAAGCUGACAGAAUUUGUGGCAGAUAUGACCAAAAUUUUUGAUAACUGUCGUUACUACAAUCCAAGUGACUCCCCUUUCUACCAGUGCGCAGAAGUUCUGGAAUCGUUCUUUGUGCAGAAAUUGAAAGGAUUCAAGGCCAGCAGGUGGCAGUUCUGUAGGGGAAAGGAGGGAAGACCAUGAAACGGGACUGUACAUUGUGAUAUCUUUAGUCUGAAUUUUUAACUGGAAUCAGAACUGGAUGUUGGGGUCACUUUUAUUAUACCACGUGAUUACCUAAUUCAAAAUUGUUCCCCAAGUUCAGAUUAGUUAAUAUAAUUUUUUAAUGUUAAAAAAGAUGUAACAAACAAUUUAUUCUAGCAGCCAUGUUGAACAAUGUAUUUAAGAUUGUAAACUCCUGAGAUGCUGUAUUUAUAUACACUAUUGCAGUAGAACGUACUUUGACUUAGUCCGGUAACUGUACAGUAAUUUGAUUUACUAACAAAAGUUGUGAAUAAAACUGUGAAACUAGAAAGGAGACUUUCUGGAAUUUAAUAGAAAAAUGUGAUUUUAAUAUUGUUAUUUCUCUCUUAACAUUUUUCCUUCACAUUCCCUAAAUCAGUGUAAAUCAGCACAUGCGUGCACACACACACCAACACCUUUUACCACAAUGGUGAUGCUUUGGUAAAUGUCUCUAUUUGUCCCUUGGGCUAAAAAUGUAAUCUUUAUUUUACAUAUAUAUUUUUUAAUACUGGCUUUUUUUCGGUGAAUUUUUAUGUUUAAUGUACAGUGAACAUUUUUAAUAUUAGGUUAAAAAUUUCUUACUUGUUCUCAUACAUUUGCUCACCAAGGAUAAGUGAAAGAACAUGGCUGCUUCCCCCAGAUUGACCUUGGCGUCCACAUAAAGCAUCAUUGUUUUCAAAAAUGAAGGGUGCUUAAUUGUUCCCUGUUUUCUAUAUUCUGUAGGUCUCAUAACAACAAACUGCAGUCUACAGCUUCUUAAAGUUCAGCGUGUUAACCUAAGCGUAAAACACAGCAAGAAUCUGGUUGUCUGAACUAUUUUAAAUUAAGGAGCCAGAUGUUUUUAGUCAGGUUAUCCUGACAAGACUUGACCUAAACUUCGUUUUUAUUGGUCAUAGCAGUCCAAUUUUAUUCUUGACCAAUUUUGUCCAACGGACAAGGGAAAAGUGAAGUCAACGACACCAUUAUCUUGUCAAGAUCAAAUGGUUUUUACUAUUGUGGCAGAAGCGGGAAAAUUUUAUUGAAAAAAAAGAAAAAAGAAAGCAAGAAAAAAAGAUUAAUAUGGGGUCAAGUAUAACUCCAUGGAAAUGCCACGUCUGCUCUUCAGUGAAGAAGCUGGUUUAGAGUCUCACAGAAAACUUUUGACUGUAUUUAUUUAUUGUUGCAAAAAAGACGCUUUUUUAUUGCUGCCCUCAUUUGUCAGCUAAUUAUUUUUUCUUAUAAAAUCCAGCCCCAGUUACAUGUAAUCCAUUCUGUAUCUUAUCAUGAUUCCUAUAGAUAAAAGUACACAACGACCUCUAGAUGUCUUUUCUUUCUAUGAAAGGAGCUGCUAUGUACACAUGUGCACACACAUACCUGGGAAUCAACAAUGAGUUUCUCGUUCAUGGUAGAUAAAAAUGAAGCUUGCAGAAAGGUUGGGCUAGGCGGUCCUGGACUACAGACUCUGUUGCCUUGAAUAUAACAGUAUAAUUUGUCAUUUACUCUGCACCAGGCUAAAAAUGAGUAAAAUCUAUUUGAAGGUAUCUUGUUUGUAAACAUUUGUCAGAUUCUAAUUUUUUUCUUUUUGUAUUAAAAUUCAACUAUGGAUGUAUAUGAAACAAAAUAAAUGGAGAUCACUUUUCUCCCACAGAUGGUGUCUUUGAAUGUGCGCUAAUGAUUACCUGUAAGCCUUUGUGGGGAAAGGGAGGGCUGCAAGGUCAGUGAAAGGCAGACACGUCUACCAGCCCCUGGGUCUGUCGGCCCCAGGGUCGCAGUGGCCCUUCAUUUGGUCAUUCCCAGCCCCCUGUUGUCAACUCAGAGAAAAAGCUUCAGGGGUGCUAGUCCGGCUGUGCCUCAUCACCGCGCACCGAUGGGAACGGUGGUGUGACGGAGCACAGGGUGCCUUCUUCAGUGCGCUGCGUGGUGCCGGGCAGCCUCAGACAGCUGCUUGUAUUCUAGGGGGAGCGUUUUUUAAGUGACAUCAUCUUUUUGUGUUUUUUGCUGGUUAAGUUUUGUUGUUUGGUUCUGUCCCGUCCGUGCCCCCCCCCCCCCAAGCAGUAGGGGGAGAAACAGAAACAACACAGGAAGGGUUAUUGCAUGUUUUUCCUUUCAGUGUUCUGACAUUACACUUGUAUUACGGCAUUGUAAUAGCAGCUUCUAGAAGAUCUGCCAUGGUUGGUUUAUGCAGCUUUGCAAAAAUUUUGCACUAAUUCAUGUUAGCUUUGUCCCAGCAAAUUCUGAAAUUAAUGUUUUUAAAAAGUUCCUUCUGUUUAAUAUCAUCCUGCUAUGCAGAACCUUCCCCAGAUCAUAGUUUCUUAAAAGAAAGAUGUUGCUACAGUUCCCAGUUCUUUCUUAUUACAGGCUCAGGUGUACAGGUUAUUCUGGGUUAAUUUUAUCUGAUGAAGCCCAUUCCUUUUUGUACAUAAAAAUGACAUUUAAACCUUUGCUUACAAGCUUAAAAACACUAAAUGCUCAGUGUGGAAACCGUUUUUGCUUAAAAUAUUAACAUGAAAGUAAUCAAAAUAUAGGUUAUUUUGUCCUUUUACUUUUGAAAAAUGUUUCAUAUUGUAUGCACUGUGCCGAUGCCAGAACCCUACAUUUUAACGAAUUAUAAAGAAAGUUAUUCUGCAUCUCAUCUCAUCACAUCACAAUAUUUCUGUACUAUUUAUUCAUAGAUACAGAUAUAUAUGGACUUAAUCAUUUAAAACUUGUUGCGGCAAGAACUUUCCUACCUGUAGGCAAUAGAUUGCUAUGUUUUUAACAGAUUGUGGCAAAUUCUAAACAGCAAUUCUUUUUGUACGUAAAAGGACAUUUCAUCCUAGAAAAAUAAAGUAAUGUUUUUGACAUUGGAUUUGGUGCAGUUUCUAAUGAAACAGUGGUUGGUUGAUUGAUAUAUUUUCUGUAGCUGUUGGCAUUGCCAAAUUGUACAAAGAAGGUAGAUUUUAUGGGACUCCUCUGACCAGGAAGAUGUUAAUUUCGUAUGCAUAUUUAAUAUUAUAAAGCCUUUUGCAAUUUCUACCACCAUAUAAAUACAUAAACAUUUUAUAGUUUUAUCAACUAUAGAGCUUUAGUCUUCCAAAGGAAAUUUUUGAAAAACAUUUCUUAUAAUCCAUAUGGAGUUUCAAAAGCAGCUUUCUUAUGAGUAUUCCUUGACAAGCUUCUGCUAUUCAGUGAGAUACACAUAUGACAGCUCUUUGGCUUCAAUAAUCCAAGUAGCAGAGUGCACAUUCGUGAUACUGUUAGGGUUUUUCUACCCAGUCAUUGGGCUUGAAAAUGUAUUUAAAUUUACAUCAAUAGAUUUCCUUGUCUGAGGGUAUUUUCAAUCCUUGUGAUGUUUCAUCUGCCAAAUUCACAAUUAAAGCUAUUUCAUGAAAAGUAUUUUCAUAAUAUUGAUAAGGCUUUUUUUCUCCUAUCCCAAUUCUGCGGGAUUUGAUUUUAGUUAAUGUCCUGCAGUAAGUAGAUUUUUAAAAGUUGUGAGCUUUCAGAGAUAUUUUUUAAAGUAAAACAACUACCUUUUUAUAUUUUAAGUAGCCUGGAGUGUUUUUUAAGAGACACAGACAUUUGUUGCUGUUUGUAAUCUACCUUCCCGGAAUCUGCAAGUAAAAGUUCUUUCCCUGUUCCUGUUCAUUUCUGUUAGGCAGGUUCCCUGCAUCUCUGUGUGUUUCUGAUUGUAACUAGUCAGCCAGGCCUUGUCCAUCUGCACACUUGCAGACUGAGCUAGACAGAGCUCCAUGACCAUGGCAGAACUCUCCCUUUGGUGAUUGAGGAUGUUACCUCUAAGUCUCAGAUUUGUAGUUUUUCAAAUGAAACUGGGGGUAUAUCAGAGGCAAAGUGAUGUCUUACAAGUGCUUGGACCGCCCUGUGAGGAGUACUUUUAAUAAUUUGAAAUAUUCUGAGAUCCUUCUAGAUACUUAGAGUCAGAUACCAAAAAAGACAGAUCAUACCCAAUGUGAUGCAGCUAGGACCAAAUGCAACGGAAAAAAUAGGCUAUAUUUUUUAAAAUGAUAACGUCCUGUUCCUGAAGUUCAAGUUGUGCGUUAUAAGUGUCAGAUCUGUUGCAUAUACAUGUUCGAUAAACCUUAACAAUGAUUUUAAGAGAAAUAUAAAGUGCUGAGUGACGUUAAGACAGUAAAAAUCUAGUACUCCCUAAAAAAUGUGUAUAUAAAUAUGAAAGAUACUGCCAAAAUAAAAAGUACUUUCUGUCCUUGAAUUCUAGCAGCUUAAUUCAGAGGGAUGCUAAUGAGUUACUCUUAAAGGCACUGGACUAUUUCGUUGAUGAGGAACCAUUACAUGUGCACGCAGUCCUUUCGUCCUGGGAGCACAAAUCCACAUGCUAAUAUCUUACUGAUUUCGGUAAUUUUUUAUUGAAAACUUAUCAAUAGGGUAAAAGGGUUAGGAACUUGCUAAUUGAAUCUGCUAAUUGAGGUUUUUCAUAAAACUAAAGAUUCAUCCAAAGCACUGACUGAAUACUGAAAAGGAGAUUUUUUUUUUUUUUCACCUUGACUGCUAAGGAGAAUCCCAGUCCCCUGGGCCCAUCCUCAAGCCCGCCGUUGCUCUAACCCAUUUGAGCCUCUCAUGACUCUCAUUGCAAACCUGGUCUUCAAUGAUGGCCUUAAUCUUGAGAGGAAGUUUCUAAAAAGCUGGUCUAUGUGUGUUGGUCUGGUUGUACAUGCUAACUGGCCUUCCAGCAUCACAGAGACCACACAAUUCCAGCACAUUCUGUGUUUCCCAGACUACUCAGGCACCAGUAGUACCAGGUCAGUCUAAUCAAACCCGGACUUGCUGGCUAGGUACAAGUGAUGUUUUCUCCUCUUCUCAACCAGACCUGUUUGUAACCCUGUUCUAACACCUGACCAUCCAACCAGUGAUUGAUCUAUUUGGCCAUUCUGUCCUUUUCCCCACCGUGUUACUCAAGAUCACCAUGUGGCCUGGUGACAUUUAAAAAUUGGGCUUUGAUUUUUGUGAUUGCUACUACUUAUGUCUGAGUUUACCUUUAUCCUAAAACAAUCCGGAAGCUCUUCCUUUGCUGCAUACACUACUGCCAGUAGCUGACAUCAUCAUGUAGUUGAUUCCCAAGAAACAAUUGUAGUGUGAUUUUUAACAAGUUUGGGCAACACUCAUUUUUGGGAAAUUCUCUUCAAGUUUCUUUAGUAGUGCUUUAACCGCAAAAUAAUAGGACCUCUCAACUCCUGGUUUACCUCUUUGCUCCAUGCUUGGGACAAAAAAGGUAACUGUAUCUCCCAUUACACGCAGAUGUUCUGUCUUAGGCUGUUUCCUCAAGAAGUGUCUCUAGCAUCCCGUCCUGGCGCCCUACAGUGCUGCGUACCCAGUAAAGACUGUAUGCUACUAGACUAAAGAUAUUUCUUGAGUUUACUGAGUCCAUUUACUUUAAGACCAAAUAGGCUGUUUUCUCUAGUGCAGUUCCCUUUUAUCUUUAGGCCGUCAUCUUCAAUCAUGGGUUAUUGAUGUCUAUUCAGUGUUUCAAAUGAACUACAGUACAGCUUGGUCUUCUGUAAAAAAAGAGUGUUAAUAUCUUUGUGAACUCAAGUACAAAAUCAGUCCCAAGUUCAGCGAGUGACUAAACCUUUUUUAAUCUAGCUGGAGAGUUUACAGUUCCCAUGCUUGCAAGCUGUCAUUGAGUAUUGGUUCCAGGGUUUGUGGAAUAGGUUUGAGAGAAGCUUUCUCCCAAACCUAUGGGGCUCAGUGAGGCUAAAAAAAAAAAAAAAAAAAAAC